UAUAAAGACCUUUAUCAAUUGAGUGUGCAUCACUGUAGAACUCUCUGCUAUGGUGGACCACACCCGAGGAUGGUUUAGCACAAUGAAGGUGCUCACCACAGCAUUGCUUCUAGUCACCCUGCAUUGUUCCCAUGCCCUGAGUCCCACCAACUGUGAUGCUUCCAAGCCUUUGGCUGAGAAAGUUCUAGACCUGAUCAAUAAAGGGCGGAGGAGUGGCUAUGCUUUCCAGCUGCUGCGGGUCUCUGACGCCCACUUGGACAGAGUGGGAACAGCCACUGUCUACUACUUAGUUUUAGAUGUGAUAGAAUCUGACUGUUGGGUCCUCUCCACAAAAGCCCAAGAUGACUGUCUUCCAGCUAGGUGGCCAUCUGAAAUAGUGAUUGGACAAUGUAAGGUAAUAGUCACAAGAUACUCAAAUGAGUCUCAAGAUCUUAGCGUAAAUGGCUACAACUGCACCACAAGUUCUGUCUCUUCAGCACUUCGAAACACCAAAGACAGUCCUGUACUCUUCGACUUCUUUGAGGAUUCCGAGCUCUACAGAGAGCAAGCCCGUAAAGCCCUCGACAAGUACAAAAGGGAGAAUGGUGACUUUGCCUCUUUCAGAGUGGAAAGGGCAGAACGGGUUAUAAGAGCGAGAGGAGGGGAAAGAACCAACUACUAUGUGGAAUUCUCGGUGAGGAACUGCUCCACACAGCGAUUCCCCAGAUACCCUCCAGUCUUUGGAUUCUGCAGAGCAGUUUUGUCCUACAGUAUAGAAGCCUCUGACUUGGAAACCCCAGAAAACACUGACAUAAACUGUGAAGUCUUCAACAUUGAGGAUCAUAAAAACACGAGUGACAUGAAACCCCACUGGGGCCAUGAGCAUCCUCUUUGUGACAAACAUCUGUGUAAGCUCAGUGGAUCCAGGGAUCAUCAUACCCAUAAGACAUAUGAACUUGGAUGCCCACCUCCACCUGAAGGAAAAGAUAACUCAGACAGACCACCCCUUCAAGAAGGAGCCCUUCCACAACUGCCCUCUGGCCAUCCCCCUCCUUCUGGCACCAUCAGGACCCAUAGACCCUCUCAUAAUCACAGUUGUAAUGAGCAUCCUUGCCAUGGACAUCGGCCACAUGGACACCACUUUCAUGGACAGCAUCCCCACGGUCACCACCCCCAUGGUGACCACCCCCACGGUCACCAGCCCCAUGGUCACCACCCCCACGGUCACCAGCCCCAUGAUCACCACCCCCACGGACACCACCCCUACGGUCACCACCCCCAUGGACAUCACCCCCAGGGACAUGAUUUCCUUGACUAUGGACCUUGUGACCCACCCUCCAAUAGCCAAGAACUCAAAGGUCAGAAUCAUCGGGGCUAUGGUCCACCACAUGGACACUCAAGAAAGAGAGGUCCAGGUAAAAGAUUCUUUCCUUUCCACCAACGACAAAUCGGAUAUGUCUACCGACUCCCUCCACUGAAUAUAGGUGAAGUUCUUACUCCUCCUGAAGCCAAUUUCCCCAGCUUCUCAUUGCCAAAUUGCAAUAGACCCCUACAACCAGAGAUUCAGCCCUUCCCUCAGACAGCCUCAAAGUCAUGUCCAGGGAAAUUUGAGAGUGAGUUUCCACAAAUUUCCAAGUUUUUUGGAUAUACGCCUCCAAAAUAAAACCUGAUUCCUUGGUAGGGGGAAGAGGACAAUAUUCUGAAUAAAUAAAAUGUGACCAGUUAGAAAUGAAAAAUG